CUCAGUUGAUUCUAACCCCCACACACUUUUCAUUUCACUGAACGCCAUUACGCCCUGUUUUCGGUCCGUUUUCACCUUCCAAAUUUCAACAUGGAGUUUGCAAUCGAGGCUCCGGGGGCGGCGAACCCGUUGUCUACGAGCGCUCUGAGUCGGACCUUGGCCUUGGGCGUCUGUGGCAACAACCAGCAGAUUCAGGUGGCCACGAACCAGCUUAAGGAAUGGGAGCACACCAGCGGCUAUUUCCCCCUUUUACAAGGCGCCGCCGCGGACCAAUCGCUACCGGGAGAUGUGAGGCAGCUGGCUAUCAUCCAGCUACGAAGGGUGGCAGAUCAUCAUUGGAGGAGGGCGACAUCGCAGCCGCUCCCAAAGGAGGACAAGGACGCAGUUCGUUCUCGACUGAUUGAACUGGCUCUGUCCGAAGAGGAUGAUCGACUCGGCUUGAUGACGGCCUUGAUGGUGGCCAAAAUUGGGCGGUUCGAUUACCCGAAGGAAUGGCCUGAUCUUUUCGAUAGCCUAGCCGCCGCCCUUCAGCAAAGCUACGAAGCUUCCGAUCACAUCCGUAACUUAAGAGCUUUGGAUUGCAUUCUUCAGCUCGUAAAAGAAUUCUCCACGGCGCGGAUGAUUCGGCAUCGUCAGGUCUUGCUCCAGGUGGGACCGAAGUUCGUCUCGAUCAUCGGGCAGCAGUACAUGAGUGCAUGUGCUUCAUGGCAGCAAUCCAUGCAGACGGGACCUCAAGACAUGGAGGCAUUCAUCAUUGUCAUCAGACAGACGCAGCUUGCGCUCAAAAUCCUCCGGCGUCUCUUCAUCUGCGGAUAUGAAUUUCCAAAUCGAGACGACACAGUGAAGCAGUUCUGGCAGAUUGCAGCCAAGCACCUAGGAGAUUACCUGGGCAUUGCCUCCCAGAACGGAGCCGGUUUGCCAGAGACGACCCUGAAGAUUAUCGAAGACCAUGCAUACCAGCUCGCGAAGCUCCACUUGGCCAUGUGUCAAACCCAUCCGCAGGCCUUUGUACUACUCCCCGGGGCCCUAGAUGUAGCGAAAUCAUAUUGGUCGAUUGCAGCCGGGUUUGGUGACAAAUACCGUGCCAGGGCCCCCGAAUCCGUACAGAAUGUCAAUGACCUUGACGCCGACGACCAAGAUGAGGUAUCUCUGGAGGAGAAGCUGGCUUUGAAAGGGCUGCUCUUAUUGCGCGCCUGUAUGAAGAUGAUAUUCAAUCCGGCGCCGUCGCUACGCUAUCGACACGAGGAAGAGAAGGGGGAGAUCAAAAACUCGAGGGAGGUGAUGAAGUCCGAGAUGUUCACGGAAUCGAUGGUAAUGGAGAUGCUUGGGACGAUCGUGACGAAGUAUUUCUGUUUUACCGCAAAGGACCUGGUGGACUGGCGUGACGAUCCCGAAGACUGGGAGCAGAGAGAGGACAGCGACUCCAGUGCAUACGAAUACUCCAUUCGGGGUUGCGCGGAAAAGAUAUUCCUUGAUAUAUCGAUCCACUACAAGUCCAUGGCUAUUGGCCCUCUAUUGAACACCUUCAAUUCUGUCGCAGGUCCUGACCAAGGCGAUGUCCUCUUGAAAGAGUCGGUGUACACCGCGAUCGGGCUCGCGGCUGCGGUGUUACGGGGGCACCUAAACUUUUCAGACUUUCUAAAACGGACCCUGGUGGCUGAAGUCCAAAUGACGAGGCCGAACUAUCACAUUCUCCGGCGCCGGACAGCGAUCCUGCUUGGCCAGUGGACUUCGAUCGAUAUACCCAAAGAAGACCGAGCCGUGGUCUACGAAAUCUUUACGCAUCUUCUGAACCCGGCGGAUAUCCUCAACGACCCCGUAGUCCGAUUUGCCGCGGGCCGAGAGCUCUCUCAAGUUAUCAAUGAUUGGGACUUCGAUCCGGAGGUGUUCCAACCUUUUGCGGACAUCAUCAUGCAACGGCUCUUGCUCAUGAUACGGGAGUUCGACAUGAUCGAAAGCAAACUGACCUUGCUCCAGACCAUCCGUAUCAUCGUCGAGCGGAUGGAAGACAGGAUCACGCCACACGGGGACCAUAUCGUCACCACGCUCCUAGAGCUAUGGCACCAGGAGCAAGGAACGGAAAUCGUGAACCAGUUCAUUUGCACUACGCUGGGAAGCAUUGUCGUUGCGAUGAAAGACCAAUCUGUGAGAUAUCAGGAACAAUGCGUCGCAAUAAUUCGAGCAACGCUGGAACCGGGUUCACCCCUCCGGGUAUUCCUACUCGAAGAUGUCCUAGACUUGUGGGAGAAGGUCAUCUCGAACACCCCAUCUCAGCCCAGGCCUUCAGAUGGCUUGAUGCAACUGAUUUCCUUUCUUUUCGAACUGCUUACCAUGGACUCGGAGCUCCUGCGAGUCGCGGUUCAGGUUGCCGAAGGGUAUCUUUUGCUGGUGCCAGGAGAUGUGCUCGGCGAUUGGUCCCGAAAGGAACUGCUCCGAGUCCUUGCGUCUCUAUUGGUCGACGGCAACAAUGAUGAGAGUGACCGGCCUUCAUCCUUGAAACCGGAUUCCCAUGGCCUCGUGCUUGCGUUCCUGGAGACGAUAAUCUGUGUAGCCACUGGAUUGGGUGGUGAAGCAGGUGUCAGAAUCCUUGUCAGUGACAUGAUCGACUGCGGGAUUUGGGGAUAUAUUCUCGGGGCGCUGCGAGGGACUUAUAUUCGUCGAGUAUCCAGAGGACAGACGGCUGGAGGACGGGCUCAGAAAGGUGCCAGCACGGAAGAAAACGGACUUUGGAAAUGGAAACACGUGGAAGGCCCAAUGGAAAGUGACCUUUUCAGUAUCAUUGCCCGGAUUGCGUGGGUCAAUCCGUUGAUACUCCAGGAUGCCCUAGCUCUCUGGGGGCAUUCUGCUGUGAACCUCCGGACCCAACAGUCUCCCGACGCGGACCGGAUCGCGAGUACGAAAGGAGAAGAAUUCGGAAGCAUGCGAUGGCUGAUUGAUGAAUGGCUUAACCAUACGGAGCACAUUGGCGAUCCGGGAAAGAGAAAGCUGAUGAAUUUGGGAUUGGCGAAAGUGUUCGGACUCGGGACGAAAAUCGCACUGGAACGACUGCAGGACUUUAUGACGUCGUGGACGGAUAUCAUCUAUGAGCUCAUCGAGGGCCAGAAUGAUAAAACCGUCGAUUCAAUGGUCUUUUCAGCGGAUACCCUCAGUCCUCCCGAUACCCCUGAGGACGCUAGGCGACGACAUCUUACGUUCUCCGAUCCGAUACGAUCCGUCAACAUCAUCGCGGUGGUGCGAGAAGUCAUGACCCAGGCCGUGGACAGUGCUGGGGGACAGGCAGCGUUCAAUGAGGAGCAGUUGUCCAAUGUAGAUCAGAAAGUGAUCGAGGGUUUCCAAAAUGUGGUGAACCUAUAGAGAUACAGCAUCGGUCUUGGUGCGAGAUCCUCAGCAUACAAAACAAUGCCAGCGAGUAGCCCCCUAGGGAGAGAACGCGAGAAGAGAACCUACAUCAGCAGGUAUGUAAUUAGCACGUUUAUUAAACCAGAAUGGUGUGGAGAUGGAUU